UACAUUAAGUUCCUUUCACAGUUUGCUGCAGUAGGUAGAUGGUUCUGAAGAGCACAGUAUGCUGUUCCAGUUCGGUUUCUUUCCUCACUUAGCUACAUGUGGUGGUUUCAAUUCUGCAUGUAGGCAGAGGCCAGGCCCUGUUUGCUUGGACAGUUGCAGAAGUUGGUGGCAGACGUUGAAUCUCCGACCUCCUAAGAGACUGACCACGCGUGUAUUUUCAGACGCACCCUCACCUGUGAGCAGGGAAACCUGGGAAGGUGAGGAGCAAGUUUUAUUUUUUCCUUUUUGAUUCUUUAACGUGUAGUCUUGUGCAGCUGUGCUAAGAAUUCUCUUUCCUUUUUUGUCCAUCUCUGAGACGAGAAGAGGAAGCUGAAGCUCAGUUCCUGAGAUGCUAUGAUGAAGUUUCGGCCUGCUUCCAGGAUAUGAAUGCAGUAGAUGGUGCUGAAGCAACACUGAGGCUCCUCCUGUGAAAUUUCCACAGUCCAGUGUGUAUAGAGAAAGUGCUUGCUGGCUCUCCCAAGUGUUGAUGGUCCUGUGUCUUCAAGGGAUGCAUUCCAGGACAAGAAAACACUGACUGUUAGUUUUAAAGAUGUUAAUAAAUAAUUCUUUGUGUUACCUUUUCAUUCUUUAUUGAUGGUGAAGGUGGGCAUUUGAGGUAGUACAAAUACCAGCCAAGUGGUGCUUCAGGGUGUGUGCUCAGACAGUGGUCAAAUUUAAGCUGUUGAAUGUUAGCCCUUUGAUAUGGUUGUUGCUCAGUGUUGCUGAAAUCAACACUGAAAGUGUCUGGGGAGUCUGGAUGCUACUGCUCUGGGAAUACACAUUAUAGCACUCAGCCACAGUGCUUGUGUUUCCUGUCCAUGUGCUCACUGGGAGAAGCAUGCAGGGAGGAGGUAUGAUUGAGAAGUGGUAUCAAGGUUUAUGCUGGAAUAAUGUACUGUCAAAAUCAUGCACCGUCAGCAAGCCUGACUGCUAGGUAAUAUGAGCUAUCAUUGAUUGCUUUCCUAAAGGUCCUCUCAGGAAGGUGGUCUGGGUGCUGAAUAAUGUCAGUGUCAUCAUCUUUCAGUUCAUGAAAGUGCCUCUCUCUUGGAGCUGGGGGGAUUUGACAAGCAAUAGAUACUUUAUAUCCCAUUAAGGAAACUAAAUAAGUUUGCCUUUCUUACAUUGCAGCCAUUCAUUUAAUAUAAUGACUUGUGUUCAGUAAUUCGCAUGAGGGCAGGAGCAAUAGAACUUCAUCACUGAUACAUACCCAGUAAAGAAAGCUUUGCUGACUUUAAAAGUGAAAUCAUGGGCCAAAAAAAUCUGUUCUUUCCUCAGCAUUUGGCUUUGUGAAUAACUGAGAUCCCUGUCUACUCUUUCUGAAAAUUCUGCUGGUAGCAUGAUGGAAUCGGUGGGAUACAGUAGUGUCACUUUCUGGAGCUGUCUUGAGUAUAAACUUACCUAAGUUGUAAAAAUGGGAAGAAUUUUUUUGGAUCAUAUUGGUGGCACUCGCCUGUUCUCCUGUGCAAACUGCGACACAAUCCUGACCAACCGCUCUGAGCUCAUCUCCACUCGCUUUACAGGGGCCACAGGAAGGGCCUUUCUUUUUAACAAGGUGGUAAAUCUGCAGUACAGUGAAGUUCAGGACCGGGUCAUGCUCACUGGCCGCCACAUGGUCCGGGACGUGAGCUGCAAGAACUGCAACAGCAAACUGGGCUGGAUCUAUGAGUUUGCCACUGAAGACAGCCAGCGCUACAAGGAAGGCCGCGUUAUCCUGGAAAGAGCCUUGGUCCGGGAGAGCGAAGGCUUCGAGGAGCAUGUUCCAUCCGACAAUUCCUGAAGAGGCUCCGCUCUCUUCUCAGGUUCUCUUCAAUUGAAACUCAAAUAUAAUAAAAUCAACAAAAAAAUCUGCUUACAUACACUGUCACCUUAGCAUCAGAGUCGGAUUCAUGGACUACAAAGUGGGAAAGAUUGUGAGAAUAUUUCAGAUGGAACCUUCCUUUCUUUAUUCCUUUUAUAUUUUACUUUCCCUCCAGCAGCUGUUUGUAGAAAGAAUGUUGUGCAGAUGCUGUAACUUUUUCUCUCUUUCAUAUACAUCUGUUAGAUUUGAGAUUGCAUCUUCAGGUACAGUGGGCUAAAAGGAAAAUAUUUGCAGGAUUUGUCUUUUGUUGGAGAGAAAUUCAAUGAAGUUUUUUUUUUUUAGUUUGCACAAACUGAUGUCAGCAUCAAGUUAUUUUAGAACUAAAGAUUUUUUUAAAAGUAUGUUCCAACUUUUGGCUUAAGUUUUUAGUUAGGUUUUUGGUUUUUUGGGCUUUUUAAACCCAGCCUUUUCAUCUGGUUUGCUAGCUGAAGUGAAGAGAUCCGAAUUUGUGCUGAGUGCUAAAGGUUCAGUGUUGGUACAGCUUGGGCUGGCCCAUGUGCCAUAUUCUUGUUGAGGUUGAUUGGUAGCACAGAGCCCAUUAUUUCUUGUCAUUUUUGACCCAAAGAUGUCACCAUUCCUUGUUUAUUCAUGAAGUCCCAUUCACCGUGUAAACUGGUGUUGAUUGGAAACUAUCCUUGAAAUAGGGCAAAACUGCUUGGCUUUUUUAAACUUUAACAGAUGUAACUUAUGAGCAUAGUAAUAAUAUAAAGUAAUAGCUGUCUGUUUAGUCUUGCAUUGCUUACAAAUCCAGCUGUGUUUGUAAUGAUAGGGAUCCACUGAGAAACUACAGUUUCAGUAGUCAUUUUUUUUCAUUUCUCUACUAAUCUCAUUAAGUUAGACAGGGAAUUGCAAAUCUUAAUUCUUCUUCAAGUAGCUUUCUUUAAACCCAGAACUUCCUAUGUUAAACACAGCUGCUGUGUAAAAGGAGAAGAUUGCCAGCAUGUUUGUUCAUGCAUAGAGUUAUGCAAUCUGCGUCUCUUGAAAAAAUUAACUUAAACAGCUUGUUUUCAAAUGCUGCUUCUGGUGUUGAAACCUUUGUCUUUCAACUUUGUUGAACUUUUUCAUUGUAAUGUUACAUUUUUAUUUUUCUGGGCAGCAGUACAUGUCAGCCUAGUAGUAACUAGUGACUUGGAUUCCUGCUUUGUUCUUGUAGAGGUCAGCUCUGUUUAAAACAGUGAUCUUGCUUGCCUUUUUUAGCUAAAAUGCUCUUUGUUAACUUAACUCAAGGGUGCCCAAACACUUUCAUUGUGUCUUAAGCCAUAAGUUAGGAUCUCAAGGGCUGAAAUUUAUUUGAAUGUGAGAUAUGUAUGAUUUCUUACCUAAAAUAUGAGUUGGUUGUGGUUUUUUUUCUUAUUGGAUAAAUUGUGGUCAAUGUGAAAUAAGUUACCCACGGAUGCAGGAAAGGGGGGGAACCCCAUCCAGCCAAGCAGAUCUGGCUUCUGACCUUUCAGAAUAACUUUUCUUCUCUAGCCACAGCUCCAUAUCCGAAACUAAGAUGUGGAGGGUGACUAUACAGAGUAUUUUUCUUCAUUUUAUUUGGUUGCCAAGUGGCAAGUUGGACACCCCUGACUUGAAUCUACUGCCUCUUUCAUGUAAAGGUAGCUUUGUUCUAGAAAUGUCACAUAGAAAGAAAACAGAGUAGAUCACAUACCAGAGCUGUGCUUGAAUCAAGCUGCUUAAACAAUAGUGUACUUGUGCCUCAAAUGAAUCAGUUUUUGCACUGAGUACAGUAGUACCCCAUUAUCUUGUACUUCUGUCCUUCACAGACCCUAGCCUGGAAGCGCCAUUAGCAUGGUUCUCUGCAGUACUUUUCUUGUACUUCUGACAUUACAGUACAAUAAAGUAUGUUUUGUCCUGAACUGA